GCUGAACGCAUCUGCCAUGAUUCUGCUAGAGCCUCACAACGUUAUUAUCCAAACCACCCUCAGCGAGAAGCUAGUCAGGCCUUCUGCCCUUGAGGUCCAGUUCGUCGACUAUGAUGACGUCCGAUUCCGACUCUCGACUCCUGAGCGUAAGACAGUGGUUCUGCUCUCGAUGAAUAUCCGGUGCUGGGGCGAUCUCGUCAAGCACGGUGCGCUCGAUAUCUUGAAGCGUGAAUACGGGAGCCUGGUGAAGGACACCGCAGAACCGGAGUUCGACGUGAGCCUCGAGAUCGAUUUGGAUCAGGUACCCUCCGACCCUGAGGCUCGGGAGUCAUUUGUCAAAUCCGUCUCCCUGCUGAAGCGCAACGCUCUCGCCGCACCCUUUGAGCGCGCGUUCCAAACUCAGAAAGAAUUGGAGGCAUCCGGCAGUGGGCAGGGCGAACUUAUGCAGAUACAUUACCGCGACGAAGAGGCCAUCUACGUGCAAGCUUCUGCUGAUCGUGUCACUGUGAUCUUCUCGACGAUAUUCAAAGAGGAGACGGACAGAAUCCUCGGAAAGGUUUUCCUCCAGGAAUUUGUUGACGCGAGACGGCUUCCAACUAUUCAAAAUGCCCCCCAAGUCCUCUAUUCAAGUAGAGAUCCACCCCUCGAAAUAAGACAUGUGCCGGGCCUGCGCGACACAGACGACAUCGGCUAUGUUACAUUCGUGCUUUUCCCUCGUCAUUUCGCCAACAAGCCUUUGGCUGAAGGCGCAAUAUCGCACAUCCAGCUUUUCCGUGACUACCUGCACUAUCAUAUCAAGUGCUCGAAGGCCUACAUGCAUUCUAGGAUGCGUCAUCGGGUGUCGGAGUUCCAGAAGGUUCUGAAUCGUGCGAAGACUGAAGUUGCGACGGGAGAACGGAAGACAGUCAGCGGGCGUACCUUAGUUUCAAGAUAGAGUACAUACUAAAUACCAAGUGGAAACUGUUUUAGUUGCAGAUUGGAUCAUGACCCCCGAAGUCAUGUGUGGGCUUGUCAAUGUGUCAGAACUUCUGAUGGCCCCUUAGCAAAUGCAGCUGUAUUGAAGUAGAGCAGCUGAACUAAUAUUGAGUAAUACCAACCUUGUAUAGCCUAAAAUGACAAAGAUGAAACUGAGGAGUAGGAUGCUCCUGGUUUCCAAGUGCCC